UUCAAAAAUUAAAUAAUUAACAUGGAAAUAUGUCGAUUAUGUUUCAAUUCAACAUCAAAUUCAUAUACACCUUUAAAUUUAACCGACGGAAGCGCCCACCGUAAGCAAUUACAAAUAAUUCUCCCAGAAAUAGAUUUAAAGGCGAUUUUAUCGCCGGUGUUGUGUUCAAAUUGCUCAACAACCCUCGAAGACGUUUUUAUUCUAAGAAAAACUUGGCUAGAAUGCGAGAAAAAGCUAAAAAACUACUUGGAAAACACACAUAACCUCAACAAUCCUUGUUUAUUUGAUGUAAUUAAGGAAGAUAGUAAAUUGGGGAUUUCAAACGCUCCCAUUAAUUUAAACGAAGAAGAGGAAAUAAAAAAUGAGCUUGAAUUAGAUGAUUUUAAUUUGGAUGAGGAUAUAAAAAUCGAAAAAAAUGAAAUUUGUGAUAUUUGCACGAAAAAUGAGUGUGAUUGUCAAUAUUCUUGUUUGAUAAGCCCCUAAAAGUUUAAAUUAUUAACUUAAAAAACUACUUUAAACUUAAUAAUUUACUUAUUAAAGAGAAACGUCAAAAAAUGACAGUUAAUAAAAGGGAUCUAUUUUAUCCACUUCGUCUACACGAACAAUAACAAUCAUUUUUAUUUAAAAAUUAAAUGAUUAACAUGGAAA